AUGCGUCUAACUUUGACAUUCAUCUUGCUGGGAAUUUUGGUUCCACUACAAGCAGAACCGCAACUGGGCGGCGGAUUGCUAGGAUCAGGACUAGGCGCUACCAACGGUGUUCUGAACACAGGGUUGCUUGGAACCGCUACCACAAAUGGGCUGCUAGGAUCGGGGCUUGGUGCCACCAACGGUGUUCUGAACACAGGAUUGCUUGGAACCGCAACCACGAAUGGUUUAUUGGGAUCCGGACUUGGUGCUACCAACGGUGUUCUGAACACAGGAUUGCUCGGAACCGCUACCACAAAUGGGCUCCUAGGAUCGGGGCUUGGUGCCACCAACGGUGUUCUGAACACAGGAUUGCUUGGAACCGCAACCACGAAUGGUUUAUUGGGAUCCGGACUUGGUGCUACCAACGGUGUUCUGAACACAGGAUUGCUCGGAACCGCUACUACGAACGGAUUGUUGGGCUCUGGACUAGGUACAACCGGUGGUGUUCUUGGUACGGGUUUGCUUGGAACAGGAACCGGAACUAGCAGUGGAACAGCGGGUCUUGGAAUCGGCUCUACCGGUGGUCUUCUUGGUACUGGUCUCCUCAGUGGAAGUGGUGGUGCUACUACCACCACUGUUGCUGCUACAACAGCUGCGACAACCACGACUACAGCCGCUCCUACCACGACUACAGUCGCUCCAACCACGACGACGGCAGCUCCUACUACGACCACGGCAGCUCCUACUACGACCACGGCAGCUCCUACCACGACCACGGCAGCUCCUACCACGACGACUGCCGCUCCUACCACGACCACGGUUCUACCUAUUACGACCAUUGCCCCAACUACAACUACCAGCGCAUCAGCAACCACAGUUACAUCUGCUCCCACAGGAACUGUGACAUUCAACAUUAAUGGAAGCAUCAUCAGCAUCGCUGCCAGUGAUCAGGCAACUAUCAAUGCUAUCAAUGCCGUCUUGGCAAGCUCAUCGACCACCGUUGCGAUGACCACGACUACCACCGCUGCACCAUCAUCUGGAAGCACAGUGUCGUUUAACAUUGGCGGAUCGAUCAUUACUGUUAACGCUGCUGACACUGCUACGAUUACAGCGAUCAUUCAAACCCUUAAUAGUGGAACCACCACUGCUGCUACGACGACAACAACUACUACCGCUUCCGUGGUUCCUGUGACAACUACGACGACAACAACCACUACCGCUUCCGUGGUUCCUGUGACAACGACGACAAUAAGCACUACUGCAGCCUCCGUUACAACGUCUAGCACUAAGGCUGCUCUUACGACGGCUAGUAACUCUGCAUCAACAGGUGCUUCCAAUACUGGUACCGCUACCACAACCGCUCCCAAUGCUGGCUCAAGCUCCAUUUCAAUUAUUAUCAACAUCAAUGGUCAGUUCAUAUUGAUCACGUCCACUAGUCAGAGCCUUUUGCAAGUGACACAGCAAAUCAUGCAGCAAAUUUCAACCACAACCACGUCAUCAACCACAACCGUGCAGACUCCGGCCAAUCCAGUGCAACCGACACCGGCUCCUUCGGCAAACAAUGGUGGUGGUCGCUCCGGUGGCUGCAUGAGGCGUCGCCAUUCAUCGGAGGAAUUCGGCGGUCACCGUGGAUUCCAUGGUGGAUUUGGCAUUGGUAUUGGAAUUCGUGGACCACUCGGGGGAGGCAUUCAGGCUGGAAUCGGAGCUGGUGUAGGAGGAUUUGGAAGGCAUCAUGGCGGAAUCGGGGCAGGGCUGCGUGUGCAGGGACCUCUGGGAGGCGGUUUCCAAGCCGGAAUUCGUGCCGGUGGCCACAGACAUGGGUAA